UGGCUCUGUGUCUCGGCUGGGUGGCUGACUCCUCCUGGAAUGCAUCCCUGACAUCCUCCAGGCGGGGCUGGGGCUCCCAUCCUCCCAGCGCUGGCUCCCUGUGGACUCAGCUGCCCCCCACAAGCCUGCGAGCCACCAGAGAGCAAGGGCAGGCUGUCUUUGCCGUCCAGAUACCUGGCGCAGGAGGGGGUCUCAACCUUCAGGGAAAUAGGUUAGUUUCAGACAAGCCUGCUUGCUGGAGCUCAGCAGACACCAGGCCUUCCGGCCAGGCCUGGCCCCCCGUGGGCCUCAGAGCUGCUGCUAGGGCAUUCAGGUAGGUGACUGUCCUCGGGCCAUCUGCCCGUGUCCUGCCACCAGGGCCACCCCAGGGGGCUCUGGGAGACCUGGCAGAGGGUGAACGCCCCAUCCAUGAGUGAGAAACCCUGGCGGGGUGUGACAUCCUCCCCCAGAGUGGGUGCAGAGAGUGUGAGCGGCAGGGCCUCCCUCUCAGGCUGGGGGCUCGGCCUGCAGGGAAAUCCAGACUGGGUUUGUAAGUCCUGAUUCUUCACCCAGAACCGGCUCUCUGUUGGCGUUGGGACCAGAGACCCCACAAGUGGCCUGUUUGCCUGGACAUCUACCUGUACGUCCCCAGGUUUGGGGAGGCCCGGGGCGAUGCCAGACCCCGCGGCGCACCUGCCCUUCUUCUACGGCAGCAUCUCGCGCUCCGAGGCCGAGGAGCACCUGAAGCUGGCGGGCAUGGCGGACGGGCUCUUCCUGCUGCGCCAGUGCCUGCGCUCGCUGGGCGGCUAUGUGCUGUCGCUCGUGCACGACGUGCGCUUCCACCACUUUCCCAUCGAGCGCCAGCUCAACGGCACCUACGCCAUCGCCGGCGGCAAGGCUCACUGUGGACCGGCCGAGCUCUGCGAGUUCUACUCGCGCGACCCCGACGGGCUGCCCUGCAACCUGCGUAAGCCGUGCAACAGGCCGUCGGGCCUGGAGCCGCAGCCCGGCGUCUUCGACUGCCUGCGCGACGCCAUGGUGCGCGACUACGUGCGCCAGACCUGGAAGCUGGAGGGCGAGGCCCUGGAGCAGGCCAUCAUCAGCCAGGCACCGCAGGUGGAGAAACUUAUUGCUACGACGGCCCACGAGCGGAUGCCCUGGUACCACAGCAGCCUGACGCGUGAGGAGGCCGAGCGCAAACUUUACUCUGGGACCCAGACCGACGGCAAGUUCCUGCUGAGGCCACGGAAGGAGCAGGGCACGUAUGCCCUGUCCCUCAUCUAUGGGAAGACGGUGUACCACUACCUCAUCAGCCAAGACAAGGCGGGCAAGUACUGCAUUCCCGAGGGCACCAAGUUUGACACGCUCUGGCAGCUGGUGGAGUAUCUGAAGCUGAAGGCGGACGGGCUCAUCUACUGCCUGAAGGAGGCCUGUCCCAACAGCAGCGCCAGCAGCGCCUCAGAGGCUGCUGCUCCCACGCUCCCAGCCCACCCAUCCACGUUCACUCACCCUCAGAGACGGAUCGACACCCUCAACUCAGAUGGAUACACCCCUGAGCCAGCGCGCGUAACGUCCCCAGAGAAACCGCGGCCGAUGCCCAUGGACACCAGCGUGUAUGAGAGCCCCUACAGCGACCCAGAGGAGCUCAAGGACAAGAAGCUCUUCCUGAAGCGCGAUAACCUCCUCAUAGCCGACAUUGAACUUGGCUGCGGCAACUUUGGCUCAGUGCGCCAGGGCGUGUACCGCAUGCGCAAGAAGCAGAUUGACGUGGCCAUCAAAGUGCUGAAGCAGGGCACAGAGAAGGCGGACACAGAGGAGAUGAUGCGCGAGGCACAGAUCAUGCACCAGCUGGACAACCCCUACAUCGUGCGGCUCAUUGGUGUCUGCCAGGCUGAGGCCCUCAUGCUGGUCAUGGAGAUGGCUGGCAGUGGGCCGCUGCACAAGUUCCUGGCCGGCAAGAAGGAGGAGAUCCCCGUGAGCAAUGUGGCCGAGCUGCUGCACCAGGUGUCCAUGGGGAUGAAGUACCUGGAGGAGAAGAACUUCGUGCACCGUGACCUGGCGGCCCGUAACGUCCUGCUGGUUAACCGGCACUACGCCAAGAUCAGCGAUUUUGGCCUCUCCAAAGCACUGGGUGCCGAUGACAGUUAUUAUACCGCCCGCUCAGCAGGGAAGUGGCCCCUCAAGUGGUACGCACCCGAGUGCAUCAACUUCCGCAAGUUCUCCAGCCGCAGUGAUGUCUGGAGCUACGGGGUCACCAUGUGGGAGGCCUUGUCCUACGGCCAGAAGCCCUACAAGAAGAUGAAAGGGCCGGAGGUCAUGGCCUUCAUCGAGCAGGGCAAGCGGAUGGAGUGCCCAUCAGAGUGUCCACCUGAACUGUACGAACUCAUGAGCGACUGCUGGAUCUACAAGUGGGAGGAUCGCCCCGACUUCCUGACCGUGGAGCAGCGCAUGCGGACCUGUUACUACAGCCUGGCCAGCAAAGCGGAGGGGCCCCCGGGCUGCGCACAGAAGGCUGAGGCUGCCUGUGCCUGAGCUCCCACCGCCCAGGGCCGCAGCCCUCCACGCUGGCUCUUCCCCUGCCUCAGCCCCACCCCAGGCCCUGCUGCCUGGCUGAGCCCUGCUUGGUUGUCUCCACACACAGCUGAGCUGUGGUAGGGGGCGUCUCAGGCCAUGCUGGCCUUGCAUUCCCUGCCUGGCCCCUGUCCUCUCUGACUGUGGAGCAGGGAGGCCCGGGAGGGUGGGGCCGUGCAGCCUGGGCUGGGGGCUCCCGGAGGGCCCUGAGCUGAGGGGGUUGCUUACACAGAUGCCUACCUCUGGGCCCUGACACUGGAGCCUGGGUGUCCUUGGGUGGUCAGGUGUAGAUAACCAGAAUAAACUCAGCUUCCCUCUUGUC